AUGGGAAUCCUAACUAUUGCCGCCCAGACGGCGCUAUCGACCUUUUCAAUGAUACCUCCCUUCUUAUGGGUCAUGUGUAUUGCUGUGCUAGCAAUAACCUAUCAUUUCUCACUACGCCGCCACGCCGACACAUCCCGCUCUGAUCGAUCGAAGACAGCCCUCACCCAGGAGUCAAAACCCAGACCUCCAGUGGACGACCCGGACGCACCUGUCUCUGUCAAUUAUUUCCCAUCCCGAGAAUGCAACUAUGCCUGCGGAUUCUGCUUCCACACCAACACCUCAGGCUACAUUCUUCCUUUGGACGAAGCCAAGCAUGGCAUGCAUCUUUUGAAGGAUGCCGGCAUGCGUAAGCUCAAUGUUGCUGGCGGCGAGCCAUUCCUUCAUCCGAAAUUUCUGGGCGAGCUGCUGCGGUACUGUAAGGAAGAUUUGGAUAUCGAAAGCAUCAGCAUCGUGAGCAACGGAAGCAAAAUCCAAGAGAAGUGGCUCCGCGAGUAUGGCCGAUAUCUGGACAUUCUGGCAAUCUCUUGUGACUCGUUUGUCCGUGAGACGAAUAAGGAGAUCGGUCGGGGGGAGAAUGGCGGAGCCGAGGGAGAAAAGGACCAUAUCGCACAGGUAUUUCGCAUUGCCGAGUGGUGCAAGGAGUACAACAUCAUGUUCAAGCUCAACACUUUGGCACCGUUCCGAUGGAAGGUUUUCCAGUGCCUGAUUGUAGAGGGCGAGAACGAGGAUGAGACGCGGGUGCGUGACGCAAGAAAGUUCCUCAUCUCGGAGGAGCAAUGGCAGACUUUCUGCGGGAGACACAAGCACCUGCCUUGUUACGUGCCCGAGGACAACGAGACGAUGGCUGGUAGUUAUCUUCUGCUGGACGAAAAUCUGCGCUUCCUCGAUAAGGGCAAUGGACCGAUGAAGAAGAGCGAGUCCUUACUUGAUGUUGGAGUGAAGAAGGCCAUGCUGCAGGUGGCUUGGGACAAGAGUGCGUUUGAUAAGAGAGGCGGUGUCUACGAGUGGCGAAAACCGCAAGCUGGAAGCGCCGAGGGAGGUUGUAAUAGCGAAAGUAAGAAGGAUUUGGAGUGGUAG